GAGUGAGCAUGAGCGAAGUGAGUGAGUGAGGGGAGCGGUGAUUUAACGGGAGUUGUGUACUGAACGUAGGGAAGAGAAACUGAAACUUAAGUAUCGAUCUCAUCACGCAAGAUGAUCCGAUACAUCGAUAUUUUAGAGUGACCCGCCCACCACCACUCGACACACGCUUCGAAGCCUCGCUACAACAGCUAACCCUUCCGGAAGACACAAGUCUGGACUUGCUGAGUUUGGUGUUGCCUACUGGUGCUGAACACAGAAGUUUGCACCGUGACUUUUUUUUUCCUGUGAGGAGGAUCACAACAGACCACAAUGAGAAUGAUCUAUUGCUGCAGUGCUUUGCUGCUGCUCGUCCUCAUUCCCAGAGCCUGUGAAGGAGGCAACAUCUUGGUCGUACCAAUUGAGGGCAGCCACUGGAUCAACAUGGACAUUUUACUUCAAGCUUUGCACUCGAGAGGACACACUGUAACUAUUCUGCGUUCAAGCAAAAACAUCCCUUUUUCAGAAGCUGUGAAGAUGUUUUUGUCAUUGGCUUCCAUCGUCUCUCUUUUGGCUGUCGUUACUCCAGCUGCCCAUGGUGGGAAAAUUCUGGUUUUUCCACAUGACGGCAGCCAUUGGGUGAACAUGAGGGUCCUUGUUGAGGAGCUGCACUCAAGGGGACACACUGUGACUGUCAUCCGGGCUGCAGACAGCUGGUACAUCAGUGAAACGUCUCCGCGUUACAAGACUGUCACAGUGGAUAUUGCUGGUGGUGCAAAUGAGGAUUUUUUUCGUCUCUUUGUCUCUGAAGUUAUUAGAAUUAAACGAAGCAAGGGGUCUGCGUGGACCCGUUUUGCUUUAGACAUGGAGUUAAAAGACAAGUUCUUUGAACUACACAAGAAAGUCUGUGAAGUGGUCGUGUACUUGUUUGAAAAUAAAGACUUAAUGAAGUCUUUUCAAGACGCCAAGUAUGAUAUGGUUUUGACGGACCCUGCUAACGGAGGAGGUGUUUUUCUAGCUCACUAUCUCGGAUUGCCGUUAGUCUUUAAUGCUCGAUGGACUGUUCAUGGUGAAGCCCAUUUUGCUAUUGCACCCUCUCCGCUUUCCUACGUCCCACUUCCAACUUCAGAAUUAUCGGAUCAAAUGACUUUCGUAGAAAGGGUCAAAAACAUUGUCUUUUACACCAUGAGAAUGUAUCUGUACAAGCAGGUAGUUGGACCACAUUAUUCUGCAUUGUCCAGCCGCUACUUUGGCUCAGAUGUAGACUACUUCUCCCUGUUUCAAGCUGCAGACCUGUGGCUGAUGAGAGUGGACUUUGUGUUUGAGUUCCCUCGGCCCACCAUGCCCAAUGUUAUCUAUAUGGGAGGGUUCCAGUGUAAACCAGCAAAACCUCUUCCUGAACACCUGGAGGAGUUUGUGCAGAGUUCUGGAGAGCAUGGGGUCAUCAUCAUGUCUCUGGGGACUUUGAUUGGCGAGCUUCCCCAUGACCUAGCUGAUGAGAUCGCUGCUGCUUUUGCUAAAUUACCGCAGAAAGUCAUCUGGAGGCAUAAAGGUGACAGACCAGCCACUCUGGGCAACAACACUUUGCUAGUCGACUGGAUGCCACAGAAUGACCUCCUAGGACAUCCAAAUAUGAAACUGUUUGUAAGUCAUGGAGGAACAAAUGGAAUUUAUGAGGCCAUAUAUCAUGGCGUUCCAAUUGUAGGCAUUCCCAUUGUGUUUGAUCAAGCCGGCAACCUCGCCAGACUGAGAGCAAAGGGCGUUGCAAAGGUUAUGGAUGUUUCUGAAUUGGACAGGAAAAUAUUUCUGAAUGCCGUACAGGAAGUCCUGAAUGAGCCCUCUUACAGGAUGAACAUGCAGAGACUCUCCAGGCUGCACAGAGAUCAGCCGAUGAAGCCUCUGGAUACCGCCCUCUUCUGGAUAGAGUUUGUCAUGAGACACAAAGGUGCAGCUCACCUGAGGACAGAGUCCUACAGACUGCCCUGGUAUUCCUACCACUCUGUAGAUGUCAUACUGUUUUUACUAACUAUUGCACUACUUAUUUUGUUGUUUUUUGCUGGGUUAGUAUGGUUUUGCUUUAGAUUGUGUUUGAAAAGAAAAGUGAAAUCUGACUAACCAGUAAAGAUAAUUUCAGUCAGUGUGGCAUGCGAUCAGUUGAAUAUUGUACGGAGGUUUUAUUUUUGAAUUGUGCUUUUAGUUUUCUAGCAUAAUGUGUCAAAUUAAAUGUAAUGACCAGUUUUGACUGCCAACUAAAACAAAGAGAAAAAGUUUGAUUACUUUUGUCUAAAGUGGAGUCAUUGUAAUGGAUCUGUAUGUGAGCAUCACUUUGUGUUUAUCCAAAAUGCAAAUAACCGUGCAACUAGUAGACUAACUCGAUGACAAGAUACAAAUGUCAACUCUCUUACUCUUUUUUUAUUGUAUACUACAUUGUGCUAAAAUCAUACUGUCAAAAUAAAAAGACUCACAUUGUCAAUAAACAAAAGGUGGACUGGAGAAAAAAUAA